AUGAAGGCCUCGUUCCUCUCUUUUCUCGCCCUCUUGGCAGCCAGUGCAUAUGCCCAAGGCAGUGCCCGCGGCAAUAACACCGCACCAGGCGACCCCUCCACAAACGCCACCGGAUUCGACUAUAUUGUGGCUGGAGGCGGUGCUGCAGGGAUAGUUGUGGCACAACGCCUGGUGGAGAGCGGCAGGUCAGUCAUCCUCCUCGAGAGAGGCGGCCCGUCGACCCACAGCACCGGCGGCAACGCCUCUGUGCCAUGGAACAACACCGUCACGCCAUUCGACGUGCCGGCUGUAUUCCUGGCCACGCCGGGCAGCUCGUACUGCACCGACACCGCCGGCAGCGCUGCGUGCAUCCUCGGCGGUGGCACCGUCAUCAACGCCAUGAUGUACGUCCACCCGCAGUCGGCCGACUUCGACGACAAGUUCCCAAAUGGCUGGAAGUGGGACGACGUCAAGGACGCCGCGGAGCGUCUGUAUAAACGCACCCCCGGUACGACCACACCCUCUGCGGAUGGCAAGCUCUACGACCAGGGUGGCUACGACGUCUUGUCCAAAUUCUUUACAGCUGCUGGCUUCAAGAGUGUCGACACUAUUGCGAACCCUGACGAUAAGAAGGAUGUCUUUACACACCCACCCUGGAUGAUCAACAAGGGUAUCCGUUCCGGUCCUGUCCAGGAUUACCUUGCCUUGACGGCUGGCAAAAAGAACUUCAAACUGCUGACCAACUGCAAGGUGCUUCGGGCCGUUCGAGCCGACUCGACCGUGACAGGCGUCGAGGUGGAAAUGGCCGAUGGUAAGCGGCAGGUGAUUUCUCUGCGGGACCCCAAGGCAGGCAAGGUCAUCCUUGCGGCGGGCGCCCUGUCGACGCCCAAGAUCCUCUUCGCCAGCGGCAUAGGCCAGCCGGAGCAGAUCGUGAGCGCGGCCAAGGCCAAUGGCGUGCAGCUGCCGCAGCGCAGCGCCCUCGUCAACUCGCCCGUCGGCCAGGGCGUCAUGGACCACCCGGUCUUCUCGCUCGACCUCAAGGUCAAGAACGCGUCGUCGAGCGCCGGGCUCGAGUCCAUCAACGGCGCCGCGCUGCUCAAGAGCCCGCCCGCGGGAGACGUGGAGCUGUUUGCGCGCGGCUCGGGCCUGCUGGCGCAGUCUACGCAGAGACUCAACUUCUGGUCCGAGGUGGGCGGCGACGCGGCGGGGGACGGCCAGCGGCGUUUCUUCCAGGGCACGUGCAGCGUUGGUGCGAAUGACACGCUCAAGAUCAAGGUGUACAUGACGCACGGGCUGACGUCGACGGGCAACCUGACCAUCAACGUGACGUCCGGCGCGACUACCUGGGCCAAGGAGCCGUGGAUGAGCACCGACGGCGACAAGAAGGCCGCCGUCGUGUUUCUGGACCGCCUCAUCGCCAUGACCAAGGCACCCGGGAGCAACCUCGCGCUGGCCAAGCCCAACGUGACGGGCGCGGAGCUGGCUCAGAGCUUCGUCUCCGGGUCGCACUACGUCGGGUCCGCGCGCAUGGGCGAGGACAGCAAGACGGCCGUGGUGGAUACCAACACAAAGGUGUACGGCACCGACAACCUUCACAUUGUGGACGCCUCGAUCCACCCAGACGUGCCAACCGGCAACACCCAGGCCAUAGUCAUGGUCGUCGCUGAAGAGGCGGCAGACAAGAUCAUCAAGCUGGGCGGGCCGAAGAAGGCGAGAUGCCUCAACAAGAAGAGGAGGGUUUAG